GAGGUUUUCUUUGUCUCUAUAUCUCUAUUUGGGUCUACUUGUGUGUUUUUGUAUAUAUCUGUGAAUCUCAAAGUCAAUCGCCGUGAUCCUCUGUCCUAUUUUGAUUUCUCUCUUUCUCUCUCUACUUUCAGAGUGAGGUAGGAGAGAGAGAGAGAAAUAGAUACACACAUACAUACAUAUAUAUACAUAUAUUCAUCGCCGAUUGUUUUUGUUUUGUAACUUUCCUUCAUCAAGUUAAAAUCAGACCUCUCUCUCUGUCCCCUUUCUCUCUCUACAUAUGUGUGUAUAUAUAUAUAUGUAUAUCAUGUAUGUAUCGUCUGCUUCGAUUUGAAUCCUCUGUAUCUGUAAUAAGCAGCUACGACUACGAUUAAUCAAUCGAAAUUGGUUGAUUAGGGUUUACGUUGUCGGAAUUGAAGAUCGAUCGAAAUUCGGAAAGGGGAUUUUAUGGGAAGGGUUUCUGCCGAUUAAUCCGACAUAGAAGUGUGUUCGACUCAUCGGCAUGACCAUGAGUGAAAUCCAGAGGGAGAGUGAUUCAAUGGAUUUUGUAAGUAAAGAAAUUUACGAGACGAACGAUUCUAGUCGAGAUACGGGCGAUGCGAAAGUCAGUGAUGAGAUUCAGAAUCAUAAAUUGGCGAACGAGCUUUCGAUGGACGGCUCGGAUCAUCUAACGGUGGAUUCGGACCGAAAAGGACAAAAUAGAGUUUCGAAUAUCCUGAGUGGUUUGGAUGAGCAAAGAAAUCGGGAGCAUGAAUCGUCGACGACAGUCGAGAAGUGUACAAAUUUGUCUGAAACGGAGGAAGCCUCGACGAUCGCCGAGAAAAAUGUGUCGGAGAUUUGCUACAAAGAGAUCGAUCAACAUAACGAUGUGAAGGACAUAUGCGUCGAUGACGGGAAGCCUGAGAAAGCCCGAGACGAUAAAGAAAUGUUAGUGUCGUCGGUCGAAGAAGAAAUCUCAUCGACUAAGAAUGGCGACGACGACGACGACAACAAUGUUAGCGCCGAUCAAAAGGACCGUUUUGUCGAGGACCCGGUGCCGAGUGACGAGAAAAUUCCGACAGAGGAAAUCGAGACAGGAAGCCUCCUAAAAUCUUUACUCAAAUCAUUAGACGACGAAGAAGAGAUUGCGGUUAAGAAAUUGCCCCCUCAGAUUCCCGACGAAGAAGCGACCCCUCGUAGUCUCGCCACGGCGUUCGCAAACGAAGAGGCCGUUAAACCCGGGACAGUCGAGCAAGAAGCUAACGAAAAGUCCGGAAAACUCGGCGACUCGCUGGGGGAUGCUCCGAAGCUCGAGCGGCGGAGAUCCGGAAGCGGCGGCGGCGCGUCGAUUAUGACCCGGCUACAUAAGGAUGACGGAGAGACGAGCUUCUCGACGGCGAGUCUCGUCAACUACUCGGAGCCGAUCCCGUUUUCCGGCAGCCUUUCGCAUCGAUCCGAUAGCAGUGCGACGAGCGCGCGAUCGUUUGCCUUCCCUGUAUUGCAGUCGGAGUGGAACAGUAGUCCGGUGAGGAUGGCAAAGGCGAACCGGAAACAGCGGUGCUGGAGAUCAGGCCUCUUUUGCUGUAGAUUUUGAUCGGAAAUGCUGCCGGCGUAGGUAUUUUUUAGUGAAAAUAUACAUGAAUAUAUAUAUAUAAUUUUUAGAAAUUGGUUUUUAUUUUGAUUUAUAUAUAUUAUAUGGCAUUGUCUGUGUGAAUAUUGUUUAGGUGUAUGGUUUCUUGUGAGAAAUUUGUGUGAACACAUAUUGUUGGCCGGAUGUUGAUUUGUCUGAAAUUUUUUUGGUCCAUUCGUAUAACUGUUUUUUGUUGUUUUUUUGAAUGACCU